AUGGACCCAAGGCGUGAGAAGCGAUCAGCAUGGACCAAAUCGGAGAGGAAGGGCUCACCGGUUGCUGGGAGGCAGGGGCACCGGGUGGCCGGGCCGCCGUGCGGCGGCAGGAGGGGCUUCGCGCCGGGGGCCGGGAGUCGCGCCGGCUCGCCGGGAAGGCGGGAGCCGCCGGCGGCGGCACGGGAAGGCGGGGGCCCGGCAGCAGGGGGCGGCCAUCCGGUGGCGGAGGGUGGCGGCUCAGCUGCGCGGGGUGGCGGCCCGGCGGCCGAGGGUGAUCCGAGAAACAUGAUUGACGUCUUGAGAGCUGUGCAAUGGUGGGACGAGUGGCAGCUGCGCAUCCUCGUCCUCGGCAGCCUGGGUCUCCAGUGGUUCCUGCUGCUGGCAGCCCCCAUGCGCAACUACACAAUCCCUCGCUUGUUCAGAUUCUCCAUCUGGGUGGCGUACCUGAGCGCCGAUGCUCUGGCGAUCUACGCGCUCACCACCCUCUUCAAUCGCCAUUCCAAGGCGAGCAGCAUCAGCAGCAGCUGCAGCUGCUGUGACUACGGGAACAAAGUUAGCUCCCUGAGGUCCUGUGGACGGGAGGAGAUCACCGCCUACACCAUCGAAGACAACGAGCUGUGGACGCGGCAUACCGUGACCAUGGUGUCCCAGGUCACGGUCGCCGUGUACUCCUUCUACAAGUCGUGGCCGGACUCGAGCGACCGGAAACCGCUGCUGUCGGCAAUCCUGCUGUUCGUCAUCGGCAUCAUCAGCUUCAUUGAGAAGCCGUGGGCUCUGCGGAGGGCCAGCAUCAAGCGGCUGGUGGACAUGUGGUCCGUGAUGAAAGGGAAGAGGGAGAGCCCCGGCGGGUGGGACUGGUGCUUCACCGAGCUCGGCGACAGGUACAAGUGCUGGACAAAGCUGCCGGAAGACGAUGUGCCGAUCCUGUCGCAGGGCGACCAGGUCCAGAUGAUCCUCUCGGACCUGUCGCUGUUCGCUGCCGAGGUCACCCUGCAGGCACGGAGCAAGGGUGAGGGUGGUGGUGGUGGUGAUCACGAUAAGAAGAUCCUGGAGCCUAAGUUAGAGAAAGACGAGACGCUCAAGCCCAUGCUUCGUCAGGCGUUCGGGCUCAUCUACACCAGAGCGAACGUGAUCUUCACACCGGCCUACCUGGUCUGCCACGUGAUGCUGGUCCCGUCGCUGUACAUCGCCGCCAUCAUGCUCUUCGCGGCGAGCCGCAAGCAUGGGUACGGCGCCACUGACGUGAAGACGACGUACAUCCUCCUGUGCUUCACCGCGGUGCUGGAUGUCUUUGGGCUGCUCAUCAGUGAGCUCAUGUCCAGAACAAAACUCGCAGCAUUGUGCGAGAACCUUCCAGGGCAUAACCUCAUCGACACGGUUCUCCGGACGGCGAGACGUCCAGUCACCGGGUCGCUCCUCAACUAUGCCUGGCGGUUUGGUUACAGGCCGGAGGAAGCUAGCGAUCGUAGUAGCCUGUACCGCACGGUCUCGGAUGCUAUCACCUAUCAAUUGGUGAAGGUUUUCAGAAAAAGUAAAAACGCUGACCUCUCCAGUUACAGAAGCUUCACCAAGACGGACUACUGGGAUAUGGACCAACCGGAGAGGCUGCUCAAGACGAACUAUUACUCCAAGAAGAUGGAUCAGCCGAAGAAGGUGGCCAACAUUGAUAUUUCUUCGGCGACUGAAGAUCCGCUGAAGAUGUCCAACGUGGUGAUAUGGCGAAGCCUUCGUAAGAUGCCAUUCGACGCAAGCGUACUCAUCUGGCACAUCGCCACCGACCUCUGCUUCCGCAGCAAGCCUCCGAGGCACUUUAGGUGCAGGCCUCCGCAUGGCGAUGUGCUUCGUGAGGUGUGCACAGAGGCAAUAUCCAACUACAUGGCCUACCUCCUCAUGUUUAGACCCGACAUGCUGAUGACCGGCAGCAGGCGGGAUCUGUUCACUGAAGCCACCAAGCAGAUGGAUCGCAUCAUCACCCAGGCCAGCAAAGAAAUGACAGAAAAGAAGAAGAAGCAAAAGCAACCACUCUCCGAUGAAAUCCUCCUGGACAAGAUCAAGGAAAAAGCAGCCAGCCUCAAAGAAAAAGAGGCAUAUAGCGUCAUCGACGACGCUUGCAACCUCGCAAAGGAGCUGCUCGACAUCGAGGACGAAAAUGACCGUUGGCAUUUGAUGCACCUAGUGUGGGUGGGACUACUCCUCCAGCAUGUGCAGGGGCUACCUGCACGCCAAGAGCUUGGGAGAAGGCGGGGAGUUCCUCUCCUACGUCUGGCUCCUCAUCUCGCUCCAGGGGGGCCAAGACCUUGGCAGACAAGCUUCAGAUGCCAGACAAAGAACAAGGGGACGACGAUCUGGACGACCAAAAGCGGUAACAAGAAUACCAGGGCAAGAAAGGUACGAUGCCUGGGUGGGAUCCGGAAGCCAUAUUGA